AUGCCAGCAAUGGAAAAAAUACCGGUGACGAGUCCUGAAAGACAACACAUUGAUAAUACAGAAUUCACAUUUGCUUGGGUGUUGAAACACCUGAAUGAAAACGAUCACGUUUGGAAGAGUAUUACUGCAGGGCGAAGGCGUCUGCAAUAUAUUUCGUUUCGAACAAUAGGCGAUGGCAAAGGAUUUGCGUCGAAAAUUUAUAUGCUCACAAUGGAAUUCAGUGACGGUAAAGCUUACCGGGUAGUAAUGAAGGUACCAACUGUGGAUAUUCUCUCAGCAAAGGUGCAAGUUGGAGGAGAACAGAAUGCCGAUGCAGUGGUCGAUAACGUGAAAAGUGCUGUUCUGAUGGGACAUGCUCGAGAGUGUGAAAUGUAUUCGAAGCAUUACCGUAACGGCAUGCCAAUGCCAAGGAUAUUCGCUUUGAAGGAUAUCGUUCCAGACAGAGAGCGAGGCGCCAUUCUCAUGGAAUACUUAGGCGAUAAGGCCGCUAAUGUACCUUUCUAUAGGUCAUUCACUGUUGAACAGUUGAUCAACAUUUCUCGCUGUUUGGCACGACUGCACGCCUAUUCAAUGAGUCUCUCAGAGACGGAUAUGAAGAAGCUGGAAGCACGUGAACAAACUGCCGAUACAAUGGUGUAUAUUUUCAAAGCGUUUGCUAGCUUGGAACAGAAUCCAAACGCGUCCAGAUUGAGCAAUUUCGCCAAGAUCAAGCACUUAAUGCAGACGAGUGAUUUCGUAAGAUAUUGCCUUUUCGGUGUUAACAAAGAGCUUGGAAUGAAGCCGAUUAUAGUGCAUGGUGAUAUGUGGAGCAAUAAUAUAUUCAUCAACAAACAUGAAGAUGGCACUUUUGGGAAUGAACCACUUGCUUUCAUUGAUUGGCAAGCAGCGCAUAGCGGAAGUGUGGGCGAAGAUUUGGCUCGACUAUACGCAUCGUGUCAAGCAGAUAUCAGACGUGAGGUCGAACAAGUAGGGCUGAAUGCUUACUAUGAAACGUUUCAGAGGGAAAUGAAACGAAGAAGUUUAGAUAUCGUACAUUCAAAAGAACAGGUUGUACUGUCAUAUCGUAGACUAUUCGUCUAUCAAGCGUUGCUGCUCGUUGCGGGUGGGAAUUUCUUGUUUCGAAAUGAAAACUUAGAAGAUGAGAACAUGAAACGAGUUUGGGAAGCGCGAACUGAGAACCAGCAUGUGCGUUCACAAUUGGCGAUCGAUGACGCGAUCAGAAUUCUCGAAGAGGACAUCCCGGAAUGGCUCCACAAAAACCAUACGUUCAUGCGAACAGACUGA